AUCCGGGUUUCGUCACGUCGAGCUCUCACAGCCGCCCAUCCACCAUUACCUACCUUAGGUACCUGAGGCUGCAGCUGUGCAUUUACAAUCAAAUCUACAUUUCCUAAAGCAGCCAUCUGAGUUAAUCUCGCCAACUCAAUUCGCAUACCUCCAACUCACCUAGCUACGCUCCAUCAGUUCCGACUCUCAUCUGAUCUUCCUGGACCUUCCUUCUGCCAUCUUCGUUGGUGCUCCGGAGCCCAUCCCCGUCAUAUUACGACAUUAUCUGCCCAAGCGACACGCCACCGGUCUGCCAACAUGGAUCGGUUGAACCGCAUGCUCGCGGGUGCCACAGGCAUGGGCGGUCUUGGAGCGACGCCUGGAGCGGAUAACCAAAACUUGAUAGACAACUCCGAGACGGUGUAUAUCUCCUCCCUAGCGCUGCUGAAGAUGUUAAGGCAUGGCCGAGCUGGUGUUCCCAUGGAAGUAAUGGGUUUGAUGCUGGGCGAGUUCGUCGACGACUUCACUGUCCGCGUGGUGGAUGUUUUUGCCAUGCCUCAGAGUGGCACUGGUGUCAGUGUCGAGGCUGUAGACCCUGUUUUCCAGCAGAAGAUGAUGGAUAUGUUAACACAGACUGGAAGACCCGAAUCAGUCGUGGGCUGGUAUCACUCCCAUCCCGGCUUUGGCUGCUGGCUAUCCUCCGUCGAUAUCAACACUCAGCAAUCCUUCGAACAGUUGACACCUCGCGCUGUUGCCGUCGUCGUCGAUCCCAUACAGUCAGUGAAGGGGAAGGUCGUUAUUGAUGCCUUCCGACUCAUCAACCCACAGUCUCUGAUGCUUGGUCAGGAGCCGAGACAAAGUACAUCCAACUUGGGUCAUCUAAACAAGCCUUCCAUACAAGCCCUUAUCCAUGGUCUUAACCGUCAUUACUAUUCUAUUGGAAUUAAUUAUCGGAAGACUGCCUUGGAGGAGAAUAUGCUUAUGAACCUUCAUAAGCAUGUUUGGACCGAGGCGUUAGAGAUGGAGGACUUCCGACACGAAGGCGACCGGAAUAAGGACCACUUCAAGAGACUGGUCACUCUAGCCGAGGGAUACGAGAAGAGAGUCAAGGAGGAGACUGAGUUGACUAAGGAGCAGCUCAAGACUCGCUACGUUGGCAAACUCGACCCGAAGAAGCACUUGGAAGACGUUGGUCAACAGCUUAUUGAGGACAACAUAGUGUCUGUAUCCCGCCAGAUGAUUGACAAAGAAGCCACCAUGCCGAAAAGGGACGCCGUUUCCAAUGGCCAAGCCAAUGGGGAGCAUAUGGAUAAGGAUGAGGAGCUGUGAGUGUACAGAGUUUGGGGUAAUCCAAUCAUGUUCUUCGACCAGUAGCUAUGUAUCAUAGGCGUUGGAACAUGCAGAGAACGGGCUAGCGGCUUCGGGUCUGAAACACAAUAAUCAUGCUUUGAAGCUAAGUUAUACAUCGGGCCAUCCUCUGCAUGUGGAUAUACUCGUAUUGGGCUCUUGAGUAAGGCGCAUCAAGCAAGCUCUUUCGCAGGAUCUAUUGGUUUCUCGCAGAUUCAUACAAUACCCAUUGUGUGACAAGGAGUUCAUUGUGAAUGUCUUGCUAUUUCAAAGAACAUGUUGGACCCUGGAACGAUUGAGAUAUGGUCUGCUAGAACUAAUAGACAAAGAAGCAUCUCAUACAA